AUCAUUGAACUGGGUUCUGUGUGCAGAACAUACAGAAGGACACAUGGCUUGUACAACACAGUCGGCCUUAGAUUAUGUGAAGAGUGCCAGAGUCCACCUUGAGAGAGAUUUAAAUAAUCUGUCAGUGGUUGUGGAGAACUUGUACCAGAAAGAAGUUUUUAGUGAUAAAGAGGUCAGCAAAAUACAGGCAGAGAGAGAUGACUACGAUAAAACCAGGAGAAUACUGGACUCAGUCACUAAGAAGGGGGAAGCGGCGUGCUACGAGUUCCUCAGGAUUAUUGACGUGAUGAGGAAGAGGACCUUAGGGAGGACAUCCCUUCUCCCUGAGACAAAGAGUUCAGCUUCUACUGAGACCAAGAAGUUUGACCUGCAUAACUGGAUCAGCUGCUUUUCUUUCAAGGACGACACACAGAUGGAUAUAAACUACUUACAAGGCUCCAGGCCGUGCCUCAGAUAUCAGGCGAAGUUAAAGUCAAAAGCACAAAAAAUGUCAAAUGAGUUUUGGAAGGCAAACAAAAAUCAGUUUGAAGGAAACAACAAGCCUGAUCUGUCGUACGCUAACCUUGUUUUAGACACACAAGAAAGUGUUUCUCCAUCUAAAAUAAAGAAGCUGAAGAGCAAGAAGAGCAAGAUUAGUCGCCAUAAAAAGCUGAAGGCAUACAUCCCUGAGGACAGACCAGACAUUUCCCCCAGUGACCUGCUGAAGACAGAUAAAAACAUCCUCUUGGUUGGUAAGCCUGGAAUUGGAAAGACAGCACUCACUCACGAAAUGUUGAAACUUUGGGCAGAAAGAGACAACAAGGAGCUCGACUACAUGUUCUACUUUGACAUGAGAGAAACAUCCCACAUCAUGAUGGCCAAGAGCCUGGAGGAUCUUCUUUUCAGUGUGAUCAGUGAGCCAGAUGAAGGCAAAGAAGAGGUCUUACAGGACAUAAAGAAGAACUCUGACAACGUUACACUCAUUUUUGAUGGAAUCACAGAUCUCUCUUCAUCAGUGGUGAAGAGACUUGUAGAGAAGGACCUACUACCUGAUGCCAAGAUCAUCAUGACAUGCAGACCAGAUGAUGAAGAAGACAUCCACUCUGAGGACUUCCUCAGAGUGGAAGUGAAAGGCUUUAGUGAGCAGACCAUAAAAACAUACUUCUCUGCAACACUAGGCAAAGAACAGGAGAAGGUUUUGAGCAACCUGGAGUUGUUAACUCUUUGCCAUGUCCCAAUGUAUGCACUGAUGGUGGCUGUCUGCUUUUCAUCAGAGACACCAGAAGACUCUCCACAGCCAUGCACUGUAACUGAAAUCUACAUCAAUAUUGUUCGUCAUUGCCUUCAAACAAUCAGCAAGAAAACAAAAACCAAAGAUCUAAAUUCCUUCAUCAACAACAAGAGUGAAGAAAUUCUGUCUCUGGCCGAGUUUGCUUUUAAAGCCACUGAAGGAAAAACUGUGAUCUUGACAGAACUGCCCUGUGAAGACAGCUGCGUCCUCUCCUUCCUGAAACCUCUUGUUAUCAAAGUGGCCCCCACUGAGACAAUCACCACUCAUGCAUUUCUCCAUUACACAAUGCAGGAGUUUUUUGCAGCACUGUGGCUGCUGAAGAAUCCAGAUAAGAUCGGGGAUGUUUUUCAGCAGAGCCUCACUGAGGAGAAGAAACACAUGAAACAUCUGAUCCCUUUCAUGUGUCGACUGCUGACUGACAAGAGACCUAGUUUGAUGAAGCAUCUGACUCCAGCUCAGGAGCUCAAGAACACGUCUGACUGGUUCUUCGAGGAACUGAUAACCACAUUUUCCCCUCGUCUCUGUGAGAAAGAUGAGGCUGAAUCUGAGGACAGUGGGCUUUAUGUGGACAUACUAUUCUUAUGUCAGUGCUUCUAUGAGUCCCAGUGUCCUGAAGCAUGCAUCUACUUUCUGGAGGAACUGGACUACCAUCUUGAUCUCAGUGGAGAGAGUCUCGAGCCUUACCUUUGCUCUGCUGUGGCCUAUGUGGUCACUCAAUCGAAGGAGAGGAAAAUAUGGCUGAACCUGGAGGACGUCAUGGUGUCAGAGCAAGGAAUGAGACGAUUGUUAGGAUGCCUUCAAAAUGUCCAGUGGUGUGGUCCUCUGCCACGGCAGCUGUGGGAGAUUUUCCUUCUCAGUGAGGACAGAUGGCAGAUGGACCACAUCAGCUUACUCAGCCUGGAUGGAAAUCAGUUGCACCUUCCAGUUGAGGGUAAAAGACGGCUGUUUGAAAGAGCAGUAAAAGUCAUGCAGAAGAUCACUACGCAGGUUAAUAUCUGCCUCCACUGGGACAGGGAAACUCCUGCCUGCCAAAGUCUGUGUGAGACCCUAUUAGAGGCUUUGCCAUAUAUCCGCUCACUCAGCUUCAGGAGGACCUACAGUGGUCCAGGAUCACAGGACCAGCAGCAAAGUCAGGGGACACUGGAGAGGGAAGAAAAGGAGCUGUUACUGGAUUUAUGCCUGAGAGCAGCACUUCACAAAGGAGAGAGCUUUCACAGAGUAGCGAACAAACUUCUCUCGUUGUUUUCUGUGAACACUGACUUACAUAACAUUCUACUGGUUUUUUACCAACACGUCAAGAGUAAAGGGUGCUCAGAUGUCAUUCCAAAACUGAGAGCACUUUUUCAGUCAGCUCCUGCAGUCUGGUCCAUAAACCUCUCAGAGAGAAAGACCUCCAUCCUCCUGGAAGUGCUGAAACUCCAACCAGAGAAGAAACCAGUGGAGCUGACAGGCUGCUCAGAUGAAGAGAGUGAAGUGAGGAGUUUCCUACAGUGUCUGCCUUAUAUCUCACAGCUCAGUGUCUCUCAGCAGUUUAGAGGCUCAGGUGAAGUCAAGUUCUUUGGGAAUCUGUUCUGUGCAGCAGCAGAGAGAGAACAGCAGACAGGAGAGAAGAUACUGGAGCUGUUAUCACCAGUGUGCAGAUAUCAAUCAUUCCCUCUUAAAGAGAAAUGGUGUGAUUUCCUGCUGGACCUGUACUCUCAUGAUCCUGAAACAGGCUUGAGGGUCCUUCCAUCCUUACAGUCAGUUUUCCAGUCAGCUCCUGCAGUCUGGUCCAUAAACCUCUCAGAGAGAAAGACCUCCAUCCUCCUGGAAGUGCUGAAACUCCAACCAGAGAAGAAACCAGUGGAGCUGACAGGCUGGUCAGAUGAAGAGAGUGAAGUGAGGAGUUUCCUACAGUGUCUGCCUUAUAUCUCACAGCUCAGUGUCUCUCAGCGGUUUAGAGGUUCAGGUGGAGUCAAGUUCUUUGGGAAUCUGUUCUGUGCAGCAGCAGAGAGAGAACAGCAGACAGGAGAGAAGAUACUGGAGCUGUUAUCAUCAGUGUGCAGAUAUCAAACAUUCCCUCUUAAAGACAGAUACAUGGAUGAUGGUAAACACAAAUAUCAGUGUGGUUUCCUGCUGGAUCUGUACUCCCACCUGAAGGACUAUGAGACUAAAACAGGCUUGAGGGUCCUUCCAUCAUUACAGUCAGUUUUCCAGUCAGCUCCUGCAGUCUGGUCCAUAAACCUCUCAGAGAGAAAGACCUCCAUCCUCCUGGAAGUGCUGAAACUCCAACCAGAGAAGAAACCAGUGGAGCUGACAGGCUGCUCAGAUGAAGAGAGUGAAGUGAGGAGUUUCCUACAGUGUCUGCCUUAUAUCUCACAGCUCAGCUGUGAUCCAGAGUUCUUCCAGAGUCUGUGUGCAGUCAUCUCUGUAAGAUCCAGAGAGGCCGAGCAGUUGGCCUCUGUGCUGCAGCUCCUGGGCUUCAGCCUGCUGUUAACAGGAGAGUUACACAGGAAAACCUGCAGGUCUGUGGGGAGGGUUCUCAGACUCUGUGGCUCUGAUGUGGAUCUGGUCCUCACACCCAGAAAGAUGUCUGUCAGAGGAGCCUCCCUCCUCUUCAGCUGUACAACACAACUCCACAGUCUGAGGCUUUCCAGCGACAUGGCCUUGCUACUGUCUCGAUGGGUGAGAAGAGGGAGAGCGGCCUGUCCGUUGGCUGUUGAAGAGCUUUCUCUGGCCCCUCAGAAAUCCCGACCAUCAGACAGAGUGCUGUUGAAGGUCGUCAGUAGUUUGGCGUCCCUGCUGAGAUCCUGGGCAGUCAGACGGUUGGACCUGACUGAGUUCUGCGUCCCUGCUCAGGGUCUCAUUCCUCUGCUGCUGCACGACGGUCCUCUAACCAUCAAACUGAGUCAGGAGAUUUUCCAGCAGCUCCUCUCCCUCCUCCAUGAAGUCCAGGACGAGGUCUUGACCCGGUCCUUCUUGAGUAAGGUUGGUGGAGACCUGAACUCCUGCUGUCUGAACUGGGAGCUUCUUCACUAUCUGCUGCAGCAGUCGUCAGCUCAGACCAUCGCUGUGAACCUGAGGAAGAACCUCUUCUUACAGGAGAGCGUCACACGUCUGCUUCCCUUUCUGGACAGGAUUGUAUUUAAAAG